AUGGCUGGUACGGGGGAGAUCAGGAGCUGCAGUGAUGGUGGUUUGUGCAAGUCCGCGGGGAAGCGUCUCACAACUGAGUUUCUCAGCUGCAUCAAGUGUCAAGUAAAACUGACCAAGCAGCAAGCUAACUGGUCUCCGUACGACAAUGGCGGAUCUUGCGUCGCAGUCGCUGGAGCUGAUUACUGCGUCGUCGCGGCCGAUACUCGCAUGUCGAGCGGUUACAAUAUUCUCACUCGUGAUUACUCAAAAAUCUGCAAAUUGGCAGACAAAUGCGUGAUGGCCUCUUCUGGUUUUCAAGCUGAUGUGAAAGCUUUACAAAAGCUCUUGGCAGCUAGGCAUUUGAUCUAUCAACACCAACACAACAAGCAGAUGAGCUGCCCUGCGAUGGCUCAAUUACUCUCUAAUACGCUCUAUUAUAAACGAUUCUUUCCUUAUUAUUCCUUCAAUGUUUUAGGUGGCCUUGACAGUGAAGGAAAGGGUUGUGUCUUCACUUAUGAUGCCGUUGGCUCCUAUGAGAAAGUUGGAUAUAGUUCCCAAGGGUCUGGUUCCACACUUAUCAUGCCCUUUCUGGAUAACCAGCUGAAGUCUCCCAGCCCUCUCUUAUUGCCUGCCCUGGAUGCUGUUACGCCGCUUUCUGAAUCAGAAGCAGUUGAUUUGGUAAAAACUGUCUUUGCAUCUGCAACUGAGAGAGAUAUAUACACUGGAGACAAACUUGAAAUUGUAAUCAUAAAUGCUGAAGGUAUUCGCCGUGAAUACAUGGAGCUUAGGAAAGACUGAUUUCUGUAAACUGUUCUGCUGGUCUUUCCAAACUAGAAUGUUGAAAUUAUAUGAAAUGCCCUUUCUGGUAAUGCCAUGGCGGUUCUUUUAGCAUUGCUCAUCAAGUUUUAACGUCCCAAUGAUUUCAAUUUGAACAAUUUGCAUUUCCCUAGUGACAAUUGUUGCAGCUGUGAUGACUGUUUGGGACACGGUUCCUUAGAGGCUAUUUUGAGAUUUAUAUGCUGUUUUA